AGCUCGAGCUGAUCUGCUCAGUGCAGGAGAAGCUGUUUCGAAGUUAGUGGUUAAAACAUGUUAACAACGGUGAAGGUAGCGCUUGGUUAACAAAGAAAUAUUUACAGCUACAAUUUGUAGGACAAAUCCAUCGUAAGAAGAAAGCAAAGAUCUUGCCAGCGCCUGCAAUUGAAAUAAACAAACAACAACAACAAAACAACACAUAACAUCCGAGUUUCCGCCUAUCAGACAGUGUUGAUGUUGUUUCCUUUUAAACUGCAACGCUUUACUACUCUUCAUCAAAGUGUUCAUAUUAGAGUGAGCUACGUUGCUUCAUGGAAAUAUUCAUCGAUAUUUAAUGCGUCGGACUUGAUCUGGAUGAUCACAAUAAUUACCAAAGCAAGCACAUGAAGAGAUUGCAGCAGUAAUUAAUCACUGAGAGGACCCCAACAUCAUUCAGAGUUUUUGGAAGAACGAGUAUUACUUAUUCAUAGUUGUUAUUUUCUGGUGAACAUGUCCAUUAGAAAAGAGUUCCCUCCUCUAAAGGAAACUAAAAACGGGAAAAAAUAUUUUAACAGAUGCGGCUCGACUAACGAAUAUUUUGAUCUCACUUUUAAGGCCAGACCCUAUCCUGCCUGGCCACUAACGUACUCUUGCCCCGUGCUGCUGCAGGUGAUGUUGUUGGGAGACUCGGCUGUUGGAAAGACCUGUUUACUCGUCCAGUUUAAAGACGGCGCCUUUUUGGCAGGCAGCUUCAUAGCCACUGUGGGAAUAGACUUUAGGAAUAAGGUGGUGGCUGUGGACUCUGUGAAGGUGAAAUUACAGAUAUGGGACACAGCCGGGCAGGAACGGUUCCGCAGCGUCACUCACGCUUACUACCGUGACGCUCAAGCACUACUUCUGCUGUAUGACAUCACCAGCAGGUCCUCCUUUGAUAACAUCAGGGCCUGGCUCACAGAAAUACAUGAGUAUGCACAGCAGGAUGUGGUCAUCAUGUUGCUAGGAAACAAGUCAGACAUGAACAGUGAGCGGGUGAUCAAGCGGGAGGAAGGAGAGAAGCUGGCCAGGGAGUAUGGAGUUCCCUUCAUGGAGACGAGUGCCAAAACAGGAGUGAACGUCGAUCUGGCUUUCCUUGCAGUCGCAAAGGAAUUGAAACACAGAUGUGUGCAGCAGCCGAACGAGCCCAGCUUCCACAUCCACGACUACAUUGAGUCACAGAAGAAGACGACAAGCUGCUGUGGGUUCAUGUAGCGCAGGCCUUCCUUGUAAGAGCCACUCCGAUGGCAGAGAGAUCUUACAGGGGCCUGGCUGUGCUGUACUGAGGGCAGUGCAUGGGAAGAGAGAGGGGGAUAUGUGCCAUACUGUUUGUGGAAGGGGAGGGUCCUAUUUAAUACUGAGAGUGGGGGGGGGGGUAUAGAGAAUGCAGAAUUUUCAGUUUACAAGCAGAUCUGCUCUGGAGAUAAAUAUUGUAGCUGAAAUGACCCUUUUUAAUGUUUUUUUUGCUUCUAAUGAGAUUUUUACUUAGCACUUUGCCUGCUAUUUCUAACAUACAUUGCAGAUGGCUGGUAACUUUAAUCCUUCCCUGGACUCUGUUCACAACAGUGUAGCCUAAAAUACUUCCUGCUUCCUUGUAUGUUCUGUCUUCAGAAAGAUCAUCUAAUGCUCUUAAAGCCACUCAGGAGAGAAAGGGUGGGGCUCACAGUUUUCAUUAAAUGUGUUCACUGCCACGGCUAUGCCUGGAUCCAUGGAGGAGUGGGGUGGUUCCGGCGAGCUCAGUGUUUUCAUUGGUUCAUCUGUCUGACAUUGCUGGGAUCCUUGAAAGAUUUAUUUGCUUUGUCUUGUGCAGUGGAUCAUUUAACCAGGUGCGGUAAAGAUGGCAACCUUGUCUGUACACCCCAUCUUCACAGCACACAGAUAGUUGGGAACUGUAUUGUGAAUCUGAAGCAUGCCAGUUCUAACACUGCUUUUUCUCUGAGCAUGCUCACACCAGUGGCUCAGGACAGUAUUUCCUAAGGGAUGGGGGUGGUUAACGGGUCCACUGGGAGGAUUGUACUCUUGCCCGUCUUUUUUUUUCUGUUAUUACUAGGUGUGAUCUGCAGUGAUUGUUGUUUUAUUGUACAGCGCAGUACAGAGUGAGGCCACAUGGUGUUCAGCGUGUCUUUGUGAUAGCUACAGUAAGGGACGAUUCAAAUAAGAGCUGGAGCAUGUAGUGUACUGUACUGGACUGUCCUGUGUGCAAGAGCUAGUUGUGAGGCAGUGCCAAUACAUCCUCUCCCCUGGACACACCUUCAGGGGCUUUCCUCUGGCUCCCAGCAUUCUGACUGGGAGAGACUGAGGCAUCAGUGGAUGGACAUGUCUUACCCCCAGAAACAGGGAAAGCAGAAUUUCCUUGCUGUCUUUUCAAAGACUUUAAAAAUAAUCACUUGAACCCAAACAUCAGAGUAUGAAUAUGCUUACAGAUGCAGUUUUGUUUCCCCUCUCCUUUUGGGAAUAUUUGCUAUUUGCUUCUCUAUUCUUUUCUAUCAUUGUCAGACUCUUUUUGAAUGUUACAGAGUAUUAUAAUAAUCAGAUUUCUAAUUAUAUAAACAUAUAUACAGUAUAUAUUUUUAAUGUUGUCAAUGUGUCUUUGCUAUUUUGUACCAAAUAGUCUGCUUGCCACACUAUUUUUCAAAGUGACAGUCUUAGGUGGGAAUUCCUUUGUAUGACAACGAGAGCCUUGCAAUGUGUUUUUGACUUUUUUUUUUUUUUGUCCCUUCCUACUAGUUCCCUAAGUACAUGGUGACUGGGAAUGAAGAUAGACCUGUUGAUUAUACUCCCAGUGUGGUGUGAUUGAUUACUUUGAUUCUAAUUAUUAUAGGUGAAUAAGCAAGCUUUACAUCUCAGUGACAUCGACUUUCUCACACAUCUGUUUUUCUUUCACCGCUGCACAGGCCUGUUUAACAAAAAUAUGUUAUUGGUUGUAGGAGAACCAUAUAAAGAAGUACAGAACAGAAAAGGGAGGUUUUGGAGGUCACGAUGAAGGAGCUAGUUGAGCUAGGACAUGCUGCCUGGUUCAAAGGGAUGUGGAUGUUCUUUCCAAAAAGGCUGUCAGUUUUAAUCUUAGCUGUGAACUAAAAUGACUUGUGUGUGUGUGUUAAUAAAAACCUUGUCAGAAUUGAAUGACUGGAAUUACACUAGGAGAAACAUGUUGGGUUUUGCUUUUGUGCAUCCUGAAUCGUGAUGUGAGACAGCAUCACAGUUUUAAGGUGUUAUUUCGAGGGCAUCACAUUUUUAAGAUAUUAUUUUGAGGUUAAGGUUCAAGGCUAUGGUUAUGGUUUUGGUUAUGGUUGAAAUGUUUAAGCUGUCGUUGCCUUAACUGAAAUCCUAAACAAGAAACAAAAACUUAAAACAUUCAUUGCCGUAAUGGCCAACAAGGGGUGUGCAGAUACUGCACAGUGUAUUUCCUUUAAGAUGGUUUUAAAUCACUUCAUGUGGAAGUUAAUUGUUAUUUAGUGUAGGUGAAGGCAAUUCAGCUUUUCUUAAAAUAUGUGUUUGGGUUCAUAUAAUACCUGCCAACAAAAAUAUCUUAAAUGGAAUUACUUGUGAGUAUCUGCACAGCCCUGCUGUUACCCAUAAUCUAGAUCUUACUGUGUGAGAUUCUCUACCUGCUGUACAGUGACCCUGAGCGCUGUAGUCUUUGGUGUAAAACAGGUAAUGCAGACCCUUGGGUGUGUUGUCACAGAACAGGGAUAUAACACAGAAGCUGUGCUUUUCAUUGCAUACCAAGCCACUGGCAGCCAACUGUAGAAACUGUGGCAUCUCUGGAAGUAUAACUUGGCAUACACAGUUACUGGGGGGCGCGACACUAGACAACAACUGUGAAUUUGAAUGUUUUAAAUUGUUUUUGUAUUUAAUUAAUAAUAUAAUAAAAAAUAGAAAGCUUG